AUGGCGACGAAGGCGAUGUUUGUGGCCCCAAAGGUCGUCCGGGACGCGAUGGGGCCGCUGACCUCUCUCGAGGCCAUCGAGGCUCUGUGCGACCCACAGAAAACCGGGACAGCAAUCGAGGAACUGCUCUUGCACGGAAUAUCGUGGGACAGCAGCACGGCGCCGGAUCCGUACGCGGAGAGCUUCGGUCUGGCGGGCGCUCUGUAUGGCCAGCACCUGCCGAACAUCCCCGCGGGCAAGGUGCUGGCCCGGAAGUGCGCGAACAUCGUCCUGGACGUGCUGGACAGCAACAAGGCGAAGCGAGUGAUGCGAGACGACGGCACGUGGCUCGCGCCGUGGGUGGCCGUGAAGGCACUCAUCGACGAGGAGACGCUCCGGGACUACGGCAUGGGCCAGUACGGCUCCGACGCGGCGAAGGACGCUGCUGCGCUGUUGCAGGAGGUGGCAGAGUUCGUAACGGGGGGAUCCUUGAAGAUCAAGGAGCGCAACGAGGACAUCGAGGACGAGGCGGUCAGGUGGGACCGCCGGCGUCAGGAUCCGACGCGCAAGUGCGAGCGCCCGCGCCCGGUCAUGAAGGACGAGGACCGCCUUCUGAACAUGCGCCAGCACAUGACGGCGUACUGGGCGCGCUACUACACGAUCGACCUGCUGGUGCUCGGGCACCACGCUUCUGCGUUCCACGCGAAGGAACGGGCGCUGAUCAGCUACGUGGCCGCGGAGAUCGUCGGCAUCAGGGACCUGGAGCAGCUCGAGUCUUUCGUAGAGACUGCGGAACGCGACCUUGUGGAGUACGGGGUGCCGCCGGAGGCAGCGCGCGAGUUCAGCGACAUCUUGCACGGUGUAUAUCACAACCGGCAGGGGCCGCACGAGGCGAGGAAGGACAUCCUUGGGCGCGAGAACAACAAGGACACCUGGCCGCUCGUGAACAACAACCUCGUCGCGGCAGACGUCGGCGAAGCGGACCGGGAUAGCUUCCUGCGUUUCGAGCGCUUUCGUUUGGACGACCCGGAGCCGUACUGCGACACUGCGGACGGGGAGCGGCUGGACGACAUCGUCACGCGGGUCGAGGACUUCAAGCUCAAGAACGAGGCCGCGAAGCCGCAAGGCGAUGCCGCCGCCGCUGCGGGAGAGCACAUCGACGGGCACAGCCUCACGGCCGUGCGGAAGGCCGUGGCAGUGUUCCUGGGAGGGAUGGAGCUGAACGACGUGAAUGAGUUGAAGAAGGUCUAUGAUGACAUCAAGGCAACUGCGGGCGACAUGCUCCAGCAGUGGAUCGCCAAGUUCUCCUAG